GAGAGGAUGGAGGGGGCCGCGGCCGGCGUGGUGCCGGGAAGAGGAAGCGCUGGAACGCUCUCGGGUGGCGGCAGCAGGCGGGGUCACGAACUCUGACCUUUCACAGGGCCCUGAAAAAUAACACAGAACCACCCCCUCACACACACGCACACUCCCCCCCUCCCAAUAACACAGUUCCACCCCCUCUACCGCUCCGCGGACCCCGUUAAGCCCCCACUGCCGCCGCCCCUCGUGGGGGGGGGGUUGGGCCGCCGCUGGGCACCGCCACCAACGCCGGCCCGCCCGGGCCCGGGGCACCGCCGGGGCACGUUUGGCGCCAAUUCCUGAGGUUUUCUAAUGAUCUUGCUUCACCAUGGCAACCAAUAUGGAGGUGCUGGCUCAGCAGGUAAUGGAGACUCAGCAGGUGGCUGAGGAAAUGCACCGUGGUAACAUAGUGUGAUGGUUGUAUCUUGCCACUGGAGAGAUCGCUUCAUCCCGAGAAUUUAUGAAGCUCUGUGAUUUCUUCCUAGCCGGCUCAAAUCUACAUCUCUCCAAUUUGGAGAUGAGGAUGUGGUGGGGGACCAUGUCUGUAGGAAAACGCUUGGACACAGGGUUACCCCGACAGUCGGCAAAGGGAAAAGACAAACGCCCGCCCGCGUGGGAAGCAGCAACUCAGUGUACAGACUAUUCAGCAUUCAUUAUCUGAUUCUCCAGUGAUGACCAGCCCUUCCCAGCGUAUCCAGAUUAUUUCCACAGAUUCCUCUGUAGGUUCACCACAACGCAUUCAGAUUGUGACAGAUCAGCAGACAGGUCAAAAAAUCCAGAUAGUGACAGCAGUGGACUCAUCUGCGUCUCCAAAGCAACAGUUUAUUUUAGCCAGUCCAGAUGGAACUGGUGCGGGAAAGGUGAUUUUGGCAGCACCUGAGACAUCUAACGCCAAACAACUUAUCUUUACCACCGCAGACAACAUUGUGCCAGGCAGAAUUCAGAUAGUGACAGACUCUGCUUCGGUGGAACGUUUGCUGGGAAAAGCUGAUGUUCAGCGGGCCCAGGUAGUAGAAUAUUGCGUGGUCUGUGGAGAUAAAGCAUCAGGUCGUCACUAUGGUGCUGUCAGUUGUGAGGGAUGCAAAGGUUUCUUUAAAAGGAGUGUGAGGAAGAAUUUGACCUACAGUUGUCGUAGCAACCAAGACUGUAUCAUCAAUAAACACCAUCGGAAUCGGUGCCAGUUUUGUAGGCUUAAGAAAUGUCUAGAGAUGGGCAUGAAAAUGGAAUCGGUUCAAAGUGAAAGAAAGCCUUUUGAUGUGCAGCGUGAAAAACCAACCAACUGCGCAGCUUCCACUGAGAAAAUAUAUAUCAGAAAAGACCUGCGAAGCCCUCUAAUAGCAACUCCAACAUUUGUUGCAGAUAAAGAUGGGACACGGUCUGCAGGUCUUCUCGAUCCAGGAAUGCUUGUGAAUAUUCAGCAGCCUUUGAUCAGGGAUGAUGGUACCAUCCUCCUUGCUGCUGACUCCAAGGCUGAGACGAGCCAGGGUGCUUUAGGAACACUAGCAAAUGUUGUAACAUCUCUUGCUAAUCUCAGUGACUCACUAAAUAAUGGAGAUUCUUCUGAAAUUCAACAAGAAGAGCAAUCCGCCAGUGAGAUUUCACGAUUUCUAAGGCAUCGUCUUCAGGAGAAGGAAAUUGAGGUAUGUUGUCCAGGAGGGGAUUGCAGUAUUCUCCACUGUUUCAAGAAACUGGUUUGUAAUGACAGAGUCUUCAGGAUAUUCUCCAGACUGCACAUGGUCUUUGUGAGGAUUCACACAAUCUAUUACAAACUUCCAAGGGCAUUUGAUACUUUGGCUAAAGCACUCAAUACCACAGAUGGUACAGCAGCUCCUAACUUGGCAGAUGGGAUGGAUCCUACAGGAGGAGGGAAUAUUCAUGUAAUCAGUAGAGAUCAGUCGACACCAAUUAUUGAAGUGGAAGGACCCUUACUUACAGAUACACAUGUUACGUUUAAGCUGACAAUGCCCAGUCCAAUGCCAGAGUAUCUUAAUGUACACUACAUCUGUGAGUCAGCAUCACGGCUACUUUUCUUAUCUAUGCACUGGGCUAGAUCCAUACCUGCAUUUCAAGCACUUGGCCAGGAGUGUAACACAAGCCUCGUGCGUGCCUGUUGGAAUGAGCUGUUUACCUUAGGCUUGGCACAGUGUGCACAAGUGAUGAGUCUGUCAACUAUCCUAGCAGCUAUUGUCAACCAUCUUCAGAACAGCAUUCAGGAAGAUAAGCUUUCUGGAGACAGAAUAAAGCAAGUCAUGGAACACAUCUGGAAACUUCAGGAGUUCUGUAACAGCAUGGCCAAGAUUGAUAUUGAUGGAUAUGAAUAUGCAUACCUUAAAGCUAUAGUCCUCUUUAGCCCUGAUCACCCUGGUCUGAACAGUUCAACCCAAAUAGAAAAAUUCCAGGAGAAGGCACAGAUGGAAUUGCAGGACUAUGUACAAAAAACCUAUCCAGAAGAUACUUAUAGGCUAGCCCGGAUUCUAGUUCGCCUGCCAGCACUUAGGCUGAUGAGCUCUAGCAUUACUGAGGAACUAUUUUUUACUGGUCUCAUUGGAAAUGUUCCAAUUGACAGCAUAAUCCCCUACAUUCUCAAAAUGGAAACAGCAGAAUAUAAUGGUCAAAUAACUGGCACAUCCGCAUAGUGGGAACAACACAAUUUGAAGGAUCAAAGUAAUUUUCAUAAAAACUUACAAUUAAGAAGUUAAAAGAAUAGCAUUUUGGUAUGUACAAAUAUUUCCAACUUGUUACCUGUUUCCUAUCAGAUUUCUCUUUGUCUGUUUGCUAACAUUGACAAGAAGCAGCUAUUAAAAGAGCUGCUACGGGACCUUUUCUGCCAUAAGGAAUAUUUUUGAUGCCUUUCAUUCAAAAGGCUAUAGGUUACUGAACUUACUUUUCACGUGCUUUGUAUUUAGAAAUUAUCAGUGGUUAAAAAUAGAGUUUUAUAAUAUCAGAGUUUAGUAAUAAGAUUACUUUAAAAAUGAGCAGUAUAGGUAGACUUAAAAAUAUCCUUGGAAUUAAUACCUAAUAAUUGCUGGGGUAUAAUACUAGCACUUUGUAAGCACUUCUUAUCAAAGUGAUAAUAUCAACAUCCUGUUUAUGAGUAGGAAGGAUGAAAAAAUUGCAUAUGUCCUUAGUAAAAAUGCUAGUGAUUUCUGUGAAAAUGUAGAAUGCUACCGGAGACAAUCAUUUAUUCCACAAAAAGUCACUUGCUCUUAUGUUAUAUGUUAAAUAGUAAUGUGGAUUCUUGGAUAUCCACAUUAUAAGAAACUAUACCGUUAAAUUAGUGCAGUUGUUAUUAACAGCAUGAUUUGAUCAUAGUGACUGUUACAUGCCGCAGAAAUUAGCAAAGCUAGGAGAAAAAAAAGUUUCUUUCUACAGCAAUGGUGAAUUAUUCAGGUUCCUUAAAGUUUCUAUUUAGCUCCACAUUUAUGAUAAAUGUUAUUCUAAUAGGAAGCCUUUUGGUUGUGGAGAAUAAUCAGUCAUUAACUGGAUGAAUAGUCGUUUUCAAAUAGAGAUGCUCUUUUAGAAUGCUUUGCGUAUCUACAAAUACACUCCUUCUGUAUGUACUCCUGCACACUCUCAUCAUCCAGCCGAAGGUACAAUUUAAAACCUGGAAAACUGAGAACCUCUGGCUGUCAACAAGGGUAUGUUAUAAAGCUCUCAUAAUUUUUUCUGACCCCAUAUUAGACAAAGCACUCCUAGUUUUGCAGUGCUUUCAGCCUUCUUAUGGCUCAGUUUGAGAAUGAAAUAUAGUUGGGAUUUACAAUUUUUUGUACAGUUGCGGUUAAUGACUGAUAUAAAGUGAUAAAGUGAACGACUUUUUUAAUAGCCCAGAGUGAUCAGCCAUCAACAUGCUUUCUUGUACUGGUCAUUACCUACUAGCAUUGCUUUUAGUUUAGAAUAAUUUAUUAUUAUCGACAUGAGUAUUUUAAACAAAGUGUUUUGUUUCUUAAAAAAAAAAAAAAAAAAGUCAUGGCGGUUAAUACCUUCAUGUGAUCUUGGCAUAUUAGGUGCAUCAGUUUAAUUAUUUGUAUGAUAGAGAUGUUUUCUAUUUCCAUAAUUUUAUGUGACAAAAAUCUAAUGAGAAAUUCAGCACUUUUUUUUUUCUUCCAGUAGUGACACUUAUUUAGGGUCACAACCAGGUUGGUGUUUGUGUCUUUUAAGUCUGAAUUGUAGCAAAGACCUUAAGCAGGUCUACAUAAAGGUUCUGAUGUAAUUAAAAAGUUCUGACCUGGUGUACUUCAUUCUCAUUAGGAGACUCACAUUUGUACAACUCAUCAUGACAUAAGCAUUAUAUGACUACAAAGGCUAUGUAAUUUUAGCUUCUGGAUGCGUUAAGAUCUUGUGCAGUCACCACUGUUAGAACAUCCAUGUUCUCUAAAGGAUGCAACAAAGAGUCCGGUAUAUUUGUGGAGAUCUGUAAUAUUGCACUUACUUUUCUCUUAGCUUUUGCUAUAUUGAAUGAAAUUGUUGUACUUAUAAUGUGGUGGAAGGCCUGCAUUCUGAACGUUCAGUCAACUGGAAUGCAAGACUUUGAACUAGUUGUUGCAUUGCAGUAUGACUUAGUGUGAUUAUGUCAGCACACCUGGUGCAAAGUCCCUGUUCUAAAGGUGUAAGAAUUAAAAAUAGUGGCUUUAUCAACAACAAAAGAAGUACUUACUUUGGAAAACUUUGUGGCUGGUUUUGUUAAAAUUUUUAAUUUUAUGGCAUUUUGUCAUUGUUCUAAAAGUGGUAUACGUUGAACUUGUAAUGGUUUUCAUUGCAAGAAAAAGGUUUUGUUUUCUUCCAAUAUUUUGUAAAAAUUAUUUAAGCAACUAAGUAGGCAUUGUUAAAGAGAAAUGAAAUAUUCCUGAUCACAAAAGCUAGACAGAGGAUUUUCUUCUUCAAAUUUGAAUACACACCUGAUAGCUUUUCAUGACAAGAAUCAUUUUCACUUCAAUUUUUCAAGUAAAAGGGUCCAAUUUUCAGUGCAGAAGUUUGAUUUCCUCAUUUUUCCUAGUUGUGCUGUGACUGUAGUUGUUCAGGGAACAAAAUAAAGCCCGUUGUAGGUUUUUUGGGGGCUACCGGAGGGCCAUAUGAAGUAAAACUUGAAGUGUACGCAUUUGUAAAUCGGAAGAGUAGAUACCGUGCAGCUCUGUUUGCAAAUGAACUAGAGUACCUAAAAAAUGGAAGGCCACAUAAUAAUAUCCUCAAUAUGACUCUAUUAUUGCCGUUCUUUGCAAAAAGUUGCUUGGACUUCUAACAAUAUUUUACCUAGGAUAAAAUACUAACGUGUAAAUGAAGUUACCACAGUGCAACCCAUAUCUAGAAUUUAUAUAAUGAAGCAGUUCCAUAGUUUAGGUUAUAUCAGAAGCUUAAAAGCCUCUCUUUGUUCAGCAUCAUCAGCACGAUUGGCUGUCUUGCAUUAGUCAGAACCAGUAUGUAUCAGUCUUUUUGCUAUUAAUGAAAAUGUUUUCUCUAAUUAUACACUAAUUUGAUUCUGAGCCUAACAGCUGGCAUUGUGGAAAUUUGGACAGCAGGUAGUAGAUCCUUCAGCUUAAACAUUCAUAGUCUAGAAUGUUUUGCGUAUUUGAAUGCUAACUGUAAAUACUAAAAUAGUUGUGAUAAAUAACGUGACGCUUCUUUCCCACAUGCUGCUCAAGGGCUGUCACAAAAAUGAGUCAAAGGUUUGGCACGUGAAUGAGCCAUUGAAAGCAAUCGCUGCCAUACGAAACCAUAUUCUCCAGUGGAAUAGGACUCCUUUGUGCUAAAUUUCAAGUAUUACCUAGCAGCAAAGCUAUUUUAGUUCGUUUGAAGAAAUGUUUUUCUUUCCUUCACCUGUCCACUAGCAUAAGCUAGAUGUUCUAAAGAUGUAGAACUGACAAAGAGAUUCUUUCUGCCAACAGUUAAGGUGUUCCUUGCUAGCAACCACAGGAGGCACAGAUAAGGAAAAUAGAGCAGAGACAAUUUUUAUGAGAUCUGUGUUCACCAUUUUCCAACUUAUUAUGGCAAUUGAGUUUUCAGGCCAAUCUAACAUAAUAAAGGUAGAAGAGUAGACAUAGUACAGCUACAAGCUUAAUAGAAUUUUAAACUCAUUAUCUAGUUUGCAGUUAAGCUGCAUCAUAAAUUCUGAUCUGUUAUAAUCCGCCUAUGUUAUAUUAGGAAAAAAAUUACUGGUACUGCAAAAAAUACUACAAGGCUAAUGGUAGCUAGUGUCGUUGCUGAGUUCGCCAGUGAGUGGAAAGCAGUCACAGACUAAUCUAAUUAACUUGUCCUUUAAAUGAGUUUCACUUUGUUUCUUUUUUGCAAGUACAGCCUUUUGCUUGUGAAUAUGGAACACGAUUUUUUACAUUAUUGUAAAAUUCCUGAAAAACAAUUUCUUGACUUGUAAGUAUGGAAAUAACUUGUUUUCAUACAGGCCUAAUAAAGGCCAAACUUGUGUUUACAGAACUAGACUCAAAAAGGAUCACAGUCUAAGUGAUUCUAAGAAAAGUGUCAUCUCACUGAAGCUCUACUUAGUGCCUAAAAUAUACUCUUCAGAAUCUUCCAGGUCCUGUUUCUGCUGCUCCUGAAAUGAAAAUAUUAUAACUUGGUGGAAAAAUAGUGAUGAAGUAUCUGAUUAGAUGGAACAGAACUUGUUUAUGCGUACGUAUUGGUAAUAAUUCAUUCAGAAAGUUGUUAGAAUUCUGUACUGACCAAAACUUGUGUGUGGAGGGAGUGAUCGUAAAGCAAUAAUGUCCAUGGUCUGCACACUUCAUUUGUUUCCUAAUUCUUGAGAAGGAAUGGAUUUGGAUCUUGUAGACAAAAAAGAACAAUGACAGUGACAGUGUAGGAGUAUUUGGGGUUAGCUUUGAGAUAAUUAUUUGUACUGCAUUUGUGAGAAAGGCAAAAAGGUAUACUGAUUUACAUACAUUGGAUUAAUGAGAUGCAGGACUAAGACCGCCUGCAAAAGUCACUUUUCUCUGCCUAUUUACACUGCUUGUAAAUGAAAUACAGUGCUUUUGGUGCAAGUGGAGAUGUUCUGCUGUGAAACAGGUAAGAAAAGAAAAAAGAAAUCUCCAGGAAUUUUAAGUGAGAUCCUUGGAAGCAUGCAAGACUCUAUUUUAACUGCCUUGAACUCAACGAGUCACAGGAUUGUGGGGUGUUUGAAGUGGCCUCUGAAGAUCAUGUAGUUCAACUCCCAGCUAAAGCAGGUUCCCCAGAGCAGAUUACAAAAUGUUAAUUAAGAAGGCUCAGAUUUCAUAGCGCUCAAAGACAUGAAAGAAUUGUUUGUCCUUGUUGAUUACUUGGUAUCAUUUACAAUAGGGUUUUUUUAACCAUCAUUUUGAAGCACUUGGCCCUCAGGGCAGCAGUAACAGAAAUAGCACUGACUCCAGGUUUCUGUACUGAAAACAGCUGUCUCUGCAUUCUCUUUAUGCCUUCAGCAGAAGGCAUAUUCUGCAGUGUGAUUGAGAAAAUAAGUCAGGACCGAGGCUUCCAGGUCAAACCAGUCUCCUGAGUUUAUCUUCUUUGAUAGAGACCAUAAGACACAAAAGCUGCUUUCUGCAAUAACAGUACCAAUGAUUGAGACCUGUUUGAACUGAGCGAUGUGAGUAGUAGAACUGGCAGGUCAAUCAAAGAUACACUUCUAGCAAAUGUUUGUUGAGCAAACUCUGUGAGUUAUGAUAGUAUCGUCAUCCAGUUCCACAGCAUUUAAGGUGCUUAUAAAGUAGAAAUGAAACUCAGUGUGUAGCCCAGCAGUCAGUUCUAUCAACACUGCUUAGGGAGGAGAGAACAGGUGCACCAAUAAAUACCUGUAAGAUCAUAUUCCCCAGAAAAAAAAAGGAGAAAAAUAUAUAUGUAUAUAUUGUUUUUCUGUUUGAAACCCCUCUCCUCUCCUUCACUUAUUCUUUAGAGCACAAAAACAGGAGAGGCUGGUUCUUUUCAACUCUGCUGUUGCCCUAUAAGUGAAAGAGCAGGAAUAACACGUGAGCAAGUUCCUGUCUGACCCUGUUGUAUGGCAAGUGGCAAACAACAGAUGUGGUGACAGCUUGCCCUGAUGACAAACAUGGGCCUGUUGUGGCAGCAGCAUACAACAUCUUAAAACCUGAUACCUCAAUUUAUCCAGGUAGAAUUAGCAAUGUGAAGCCAUGUUCACCCCCAAAGGAGAUUAAAGGGCAGAGAAAGGUCAAAUUGUCAGCAUCUACUGCACCUUGAAUAUCAGAAAAUGAUUUUUAAAAUGGCUUUGUAUAAAAAUUACUGAGAAGGCAUGGUAAAGGGAAGUGUAAGUGGAAAAUGCUUCUUGUGCUUUUUGAUUCUAAAGUUGCUGAGUUAUCAGUAAAGUCUCUUGAAUUAAACUCAGGCUUAUUGUUUGACUAAAAAUGCUGUAAGCCCUCUUGUUAGAUAAUGAUACAAUCCUACUUUUGCUCUAAUUAAAAUUAUCAACAUUAUAUGGGAAAUUACAUGUGCAAAAAAAUCAUGUAUACCAAGGGUGCAAGUUAAAGUAAAAUCUUUCUUAAAGUUUAAAUGCUCUGAGUCUAAAUAUUAGACUAGAAAAACAUCCAGCCCCAAAAUUAUCCUGAGUUUUUCUGUGAAAUCAUAAAUCAUCACAAAUAACAUUGUCAUAAUGUUCCAUAAUUCCCAUAGCCCUUUUUAUUAUCUGAGUUGCAUGAAUGCUUUGAAAAUAGGAAAAUGGCUUAUUCUUAAAUUCAUACUGCUCUUCCUCCCCUUUACAAAAAAAAAAAAAAGUAUUUUACGUCUAUUUUGUGCCUCCCACCAUUGUACAUUUCUGCAUGUCCAAUACAAUAACUCACUCAAACAGCUAAUGCCUAUGUACAUAGCUGUAUGUUUAUGAAUGUAUAUGUGUUUAUAUGUCUAAAUAUAUUAUGUACAGUGUAUAUAAAGUGUGCAGUGUAUGUAAAUAUGUACAUAUAUGUAGCCAAAUAUUCCUGAUGUUCUUUGUUAAAACUUUUCUUUUGUUUUCUAAUUCAGAGCAACUUAAUUUUCAUUUCUGAGCCCAAACUAAGCCUGGCUUAAAGCAAGUGAACACCCAUGAAUUUCAGGGCUUUGCUCCUUUUUCUAACCCUAGCUUAAGUUUGGUAUUUUCUCUUUAAUACUCAGGAGUAUAUUCAGUGAAGCUUCUGGCUUUUAUAUUAUUCCCUUCACCUUUUCUCAUUUGAUUGGUGAAGUGAGCCAGUAAAGAGUUGGUAGAACCUGAAAUAUGUUAAAAAUUAAUGUAUUUAAAAAAAAAAAAAAACUACAGUCAUACUUCCAUAUUUUCAAUAUAUACUUACUCUCUUUCAGCCUUCUGAGAAAUGUUUUCUGUAAAGUUUUAUUCCACAGUGAAACAUUGUAAGAGGGUUUCAAGUAUUCAGCUGUAGCUAAUUGGAAGAAAACAAUGUUUCCCUGCAUCCUUGAGCAGUAGCAUGUAGAACAGCAUGCAGCCAAUGCCAUUUAAAAAUGUAACAACAAACUAAAGGGAGUUUGUUGUUUGUUCAGUUACCAAAGCUGUUGUCUGUUUCCACGUUCUACCAUUUUCUGAAGCUGCAGUCUGUGCAGAUCUUGCAGGGUGUGAGAAGUUUCCAUUAAUGGGUGGGAGCUGGGCACACAGAGCAUGUAUGAAAUUAGACUUGAACAAAGUCUAUUAUGCAUAGGGAAUGUUCAGAUAUCUAAAUGGUCAAAAUACAGGACGUUCUUGUUCAUUUUCCCUUUUGAUGACUUGAAGUUACGUGGUUAAGCCUGUGAAGGUAAUCGCAUUAACUUUUUUUAAGGCAUUUUUACAGAGUGUCUAGGGGAGUAGUCUAAGCAUGUCUUUUGUAUUGAAAAGGUGAAGUGGAAUUUUCUGGGCAUUUACCUUAUAGACUCGAUGUUGUGAAGACUUGUGCACGUUUAUCUUUGAGCAGAGGGGCAGACACCAAUAAAUACAGUGAGUUUCUUGCAUGCUUAAAGUAAAGCACAAGUCUCUUUCAGAGUCAGGCUCUGUGUGUAAAAUCUUUGCUAUGAAGAAUGCUAGGAAUGUUCUCUUGUUUCUUGCUAUAUUGUUUAGUAAGCAUUUGUUCGUAAGCUCUUGUUUUGAAUAUAAACUUGUAAAGCAUCCAUCUUUGAUGUUUCAAGUUCUCUUUCUGAGAUCUUCAGCAGGAAAAUUAUUUAAAUUAAUGGCAGGAAUUCCUGUGACACAUGGUCCUUCGUUGGUGUCAUGACAAUCAGUGUGGUCUGUAUAAUGCUUCCUUUCCUCUUUAAAGGCUGAAUGGAAACCUGAAUGUCUUUUAAUUAAUGUCAUUGUAAAGUUUUAAAGAUUAGGAAACGGACUGAGGUAUUGACGUGAACUGAAUCUAUUUAAACAUUCAAUUGUGAAUUUGUUUUAUAUACAUGUUUGAAUUGCUUUUAUUCUGAAGAACAAAAUGUGCUGAAAUUUAAGUGGCAAUAAAGCAGAUGUUGUAAUAUUCUACAGGAAGUGUGGAACGUGUAAUCAGCUUUCCGUAUUUGAUCACAGAAAACAAAAGUCUACGAAGCACACGUUUUGCCAGGUAUCUAGCACUCCUGAAUGAUUGGCUUCUUGAACAUUUCUUUUAAUGAUCUUAGAUAAACAGUGACAAAGCACAGGUCCACUUUAUGGUAUUUUCUACAGUUGUGGAUUAAAAAUAGUUUAAUUCAUUAGUUUAAAAAGUAUCUUCUUAAGUAUCAAAAAAAACCAUGUUGCUUACAUAGCGUAUGUUUUAUCAGAAAUGAAGUUAAGGUAAAAAUGUGGGAAUGUUCUUUAUAAUUAAUCUGUACUCCAGAACACAUUUGCAGCCGGUGUUCAAACAGUUUAUAUAACUGAGAAACCAUAUGUUACAAAGUGUUGUAUCCAUUUGGCGUAACAGGCAGUAGUGAGCUCCUGCCAGAAUAGCUCAGUUUUACAAAAGGAAUUACCUACUUAUAAUUCUUUGGGAUACUUCCUGGAAAACUAUUGUUUGUGCUGUUAGAUUUUAAUUUCAGACUUAAACAUCACAGGAGUUACUCAUUUCUCACAGCUUUUUUUGUGAAGUCAACAUUGUAUGUGUAAUAGCAUAUAAAAAUAAUAGCAUGUUUUUUUAAUAUGAAUUUUAUAUCUAAUCAGUGUCUUCAGUUCAUGAAGAGGAAUUUGCAUUGUUGUGUUUAUAUAGAGUAUUGCAGUGCAUGGUUUAGCUUAUGCAUUUUAUUAAAUGCUGUUUAAAUGUAGCUUUAUAUUGUUGUGGCUUAAUACUACUACCUAAGUGAGGUUUAUACUAUUAAAGUGAAUUAUAAAUAUAAA